AUGACGGGCAUUGAUCUGUCCAUGAAUCAAUUGUCAGGCGCCAUCCCUCCGCCAUUAGGUUUCCUGAGGCAGCUCAAGUCUCUAAACUUAUCACAUAACCAACUUGUUGGCCCGAUACCAGAGACAUUCAUGUAUAUGCAGGAUAUGGAGAGCCUUGACCUCUCAUACAACCACCUCAAUGGCAGCCUGCCUAUGCAGCUGGCAAAUCUCUCCUUCCUGUGCUCGUUCAAUGUCGCCUACAACAACCUCUCUGGUGAGAUACCCUUCCAACAACAGCUUGGGACAUUCGAUGAAUCGGCAUUCGAGGGGAAUGACAAUCUCUGUGGUGAAAUCAUCAACAAAAACUGCUCAUCAGUGCUGCAUCAGAAUCAAGGAGUGUUCGACGCCAUUGACACGUCACUUGUUUUCUGGUCCUACGUUUUUGGGUGUUUUGCACUUGGAUUUUGGGGCACCGUGGCAUUGCUGAUAUGGGAUGAAGUGUGCAGGAGGAGACUGUGUGACUUGAUGGAUGCUCUAAUGUUUAAGCUGGGUUGGGAAUUUGUGCCUUGA